UCUCGGUCUCGUCUCUCGGUUUCUGAAACUUAGCGGGAGAUCGGGGCGCUCGGCGGCGAGGUCGAGGGUUCUCUCGCCCUUUUCGGUGUUCCGACAGGGCUUCAAUUCUAGAUUUUAGGGUUCCUAGAUUCAGCGGGAUUAGCGCAUCUCGGUAGAUAAACCAUGGUAGGGGGUAAUAUGGUGAUAAUUUGCCAGUAUGGUGGUGAAUUUGUAACGAAUAGCGAUGGGAAUUUGAAUUACAACAAUGGGGAAGCGCAUGCGAUUGACAUUAGUUGUGAUGUCUCCUUUGAUGAACUGAAGUCGGAGAUAACCAGUAUAUGCAACAUUGAUCUUAAUGGUAUGUCCUUGAAGUAUUUUCUCCCAAAUAAUAGACGGACAUUGAUUACAAUAUCUAGUGACAAAGAUCUGCGACGAAUGGUCAAUUUUAAUGCAAAUUCUGGUCCAACUGAGGUUUUUAUCAUGAACAAAGUUGAUAUCAGAGCACCUAGGAGCACUGUAGCUGAUUCAGGAACCUCGGUCAUUGCUGCUGCUGAAGCCGCUCAUGGUGUUAGGAGGAAGAGGCUAACUGCUGGUGGCAGGUCAAGUAGAGGUAAGGUAGCUGAAUCUGCUAACCCCAUAGCUGCCAACAAUGUAGCCAUAGUCAAUGUUAACAAUGGGAUGUCUAUAAAGGUUGACAACAGGCCAGUUACAGUUGGGGUCAUUAUGGAAAAUAUUAUGGAACCAAGGCCGAGUAUUGCUCAUCAUAUGGAUGAGAGGACAAAUGGGGGCAUUCUUGCUGAACCCAAUAUUUUUGGCUCUCUGCCUAUGCUUGAUACUGUUAGGCCAAUCAAUGCUAAAACUCUUUCGGACACAAUUAUUACUGGGGUGGGCCAAGAAUUUGAUAAUGUGAGGGAUUUUCGUGCUCAGUUAUGUAAAUAUGCCAUUGGGAAAGGUUUUGCAUACAAAUUCAUCAAGAAUGAAACUAGUCGAGUGACUGCAAGAUGUGUUGAGGAGAACUGUCCUUGGCGAAUUCAUGCAUCUGAGUCAUCACGAAAGCAGAAAUUUGUCAUUAAGAAGAUGAAUUAUACGCAUACGUGUGGCGGAGGAAAUGGCAGAGGUGGUCACUCUCGUGCAUCAAGGCCAUGGCUGAUAAGUAUCAUAAAGGAAAAACUGCAUGAAGCCCCACAAUGUAAGCCAAAAGAUAUUGUAAGAGAAGUUUAUGAGGAUUUUGGUGUGACAGUAACCUACUCACAGGUAUGGCGUGGAAGGGAAGUUGCCCAGAAGGAGCUGUACAACACACUGACAGAAGUGUAUCGUCAGUUGCCAUGGUUUCGGGAGAGGAUAUUGGAGACUAAUCCACGCAGUGUUGCUACAUUAAUGCCAUCACAUGAUUCCAAGCUUUGUCGAUUCUUUUUAUCUUUCUAUGCUUCGCUCUAUGGUUUUGAGCAAGGCUGCCGCCCGCUCCUUUUUCUUGGGAGGGUACCUCUAAAAGCAAACACGGACUGUAAAUUAUUGGUGGCUGCAGGUAUUGAUGGAGAUGAUGCUAUUUUUCCGGUUGCUUUUUCUGUGGUAGAAGAUGAGACAUAUAGUAGCUGGGUUUGGUUCUUAACAGAAUUGAGAUUUGCCUUGUCAACAUCUCGCAUCAUUACCUUCGUAUCCGAUAGGAAAAAAGGCUUGGAACAAGCUGUUCCUCAAGUUUUUGAGGAUAAUUACCACAGCUAUUGUCUGCAUCACCUUAUAGAAGACUUCAAGGAAGAACUGAAGAACGGGCCUUGGUCACAGCAAGUGAAGGAUGCAUUAGUUGAUGAUUUUAUACGUGCUGCUCAAGCCUGCACACCUGAAGAAUUUAAUGGCUGUCUUCAAAACAUAAGAAAUGCUUCCACAGAUUUAGCUGACUGGGUAAUCACUACUAAGCCUGAAAAUUGGUCUGAUGCCCUUUUCAAGGGUUCUCGCUAUGACCAUUUCUCGUCAAACAUUUUGGACUCACUUAACAAUUGGAUCCCUGUGAAACAUGAGUCGUCAAUAGUGCAGAUGCUUGACUCCAUACGAGGCAAACUGAUGGAGGUGAUGCAUUCAAGAAGGGAAGCAUCUGGUACAUGGGCCAGCACAUUGACGCCAUCUAUGGAACAGAAGUUACACACAGAGCUAGCAAAGACACACAGGCUUGAUGUGUUAUGCUCUUCUGAUACUAUUUAUGAGGUGCGUGGUGAUACAAUCUAUGUUGUUAACACUGGAAGUUGCGAAUGCACAUGCCGGAGAUGGCAGAUAUCUGGAUUGCCAUGUAUUCAUGCUCUUGCAGCACUCAAUCGUGUGGGCAGAUCUUUCUAUGAUUACUGCUCGAAAUACUUCACAACUGAAAUGUAUCACUUGGCAUAUUCAGCAUCAAUCCAACCGAUUCCUGAUGUUGAAAGGAUUUAUUUGAACAACAAUGGAGAUUAUUAUCCUCCUUCCAACCGCCGACCACCUGGGCGACCAAGAAGAAAGCGGAUCAAUCCAAACAAGACAACCACAGUGAUUCGGCUUUGCAGUAGAUGCAAAAUGGCGGGGCAUAAUAAAGCUACUUGUGAAGCUCUUUUGUAGAAGGAUGCAGUUUUAUUUAACUCAUCAUGUAUAUUUUUGGAAUCAUGUUGUAUGCAUGUCAGGACUUUCAAUGUGCAGUCACUGCUGUAGGUCUUACUUGUGCCUGUACUAUUAGAAAGUUAUAUUCUUGUAAUUCUGUUAGAUUAUAUCAAUCCAUUGAUCUUUAUUUAA